AUGGCCACCGUCAGUCUCGCGCUCUCGCUGCGAUUCGCGCCGUCGUCGCGACCGCUGAAUCUCCACCGCAGGAGGCCCGACGCCGUGACCUGCCGCGCAACCACCGCCACGUUCCACCGGCUCGACGCCGUCGUGAGAGAGGAAGAGUCUAAAUUUCGGAGGGCCGCGGCGGAGGGCUGUAACUUGGUGCCGAUCACGAGAAGCAUUUUCUCUGAUCAUCUUACUCCGGUGCUCGCGUACCGUUGCCUAGUCAAAGAAGAUGAUCGUGAGGCGCCUAGCUUCCUCUUCGAAUCCGUAGAACAAGGGUCCGAAGGUACUAAUAUGGGAAGGUAUAGCGUUGUGGCGGCCCAGCCUGCUAUGGAGGUAUUGGCGAAGGCUAACAAAGUCACGGUGAUGGACCAUGAGUUGAAGUCGAGGAGGGAGCACUUGGUGCCUGAUCCCAUGAAGAUUCCAAGGACCAUCAUGGAACAGUGGAACCCGCCGCAAGUUACUGAUGGCCUCCCUGAUGCGUUUUGUGGAGGGUGGGUUGGAUUCUUCUCAUACGAUACAGUGCGUUAUGUUGAGACAAAGAAGCUUCCUUUUAGCAAGGCACCGCAUGACGACAGGAACAUUCCUGACAUGCAUUUAGGCCUCUAUACCAACGUCAUUGUGUUUGAUCAUGUUGAAAAGAAAAUGCAUGUUAUCCACUGGGUGAGGACGGACUGCUACCAAUCUCUUGACGAAGCAUAUGAAGAUGGGACAAAUCGGCUUGAAUCUUUGCUAUCAAGAUUACAUUGCUUCAACGUCCCAACGCUUUCUUCUGGUUCUAUAAAACUUAACGUUGGAGGCUUUGGAUCGGCGACGCUAAAGUCAAAUAUGUCAAAAGAAGAGUAUAAAAAUAUCGUUGUCCAAGCUAAAGAACACAUCUUGGCUGGUGACAUUUUUCAAGCAGUUCUAAGCCAGCGCUUGGAGAGACGGACGUUCGCGGACCCCUUUGAGAUCUACCGUGCGUUGCGCAUCGUCAAUCCUAGCCCAUAUAUGGCCUAUCUACAGGCACGAGGCUGUAUUCUCGUGGCAUCAAGCCCUGAAAUUCUUACGCGGGUACAAAAGAGGACAGUAGUCAAUCGACCGCUUGCUGGAACCAUAAGAAGAGGCAAAACAAAGGCAGAAGACAAAGUUUUAGAACAAUUGCUUCUGAGUGAUGAAAAGCAACGUGCUGAACAUAUAAUGCUUGUAGACCUUGGAAGGAAUGAUGUUGGAAAGGUCUCCAAACCAGGUUCAGUAAAGGUGGAGAAAUUGAUGAAUAUUGAACGAUAUUCUCAUGUCAUGCACAUCAGCUCAACCGUCACCGGUGAGCUACGUGAUGAUCUUACGUGCUGGGAUGCGCUACGAGCUGCAUUGCCAGUUGGAACAGUUAGUGGAGCUCCAAAGGUGAGAGCAAUGGAGUUGAUCGACGAGCUAGAAGCGGACAUGCGUGGGCCGUACAGCGGUGGCUUCGGAGGGAUUUCCUUCAACGGCGACAUGGACAUCGCGCUCGCCCUUCGCACCAUCGUCUUCCCCACCGCAUCCCGGUUCGACACCAUGUACUCCUACGCGAACGGGAAGUCACGGCAGGAGUGGAUCGCUCACCUUCAGGCCGGAGCCGGCAUAGUCGCCGAUAGCAAGCCGGAUGACGAGCACCAGGAGUGCCUGAACAAGGCUGCUGGGGCUGCUCGCGCCAUUGACCUCGCCGAAUCCACGUUUCUCCAAGAGUAGUCGCCUAGGCCUAGCUAUAGUCCGGAACUAUGUUGUUAGUUGAUUAUGGAUUAUUGUACUGGAAAACAUAUAUAUGUUUUAUUUAUUUACUUGGUUGAAUAAAAACUCGAUUGUAAUAAAGUUAUUAGUAUUAAAUGUAAAACAAAUGACCAUCUUUUUAGCAUCA